AUGAACCCCCCGGAAGGCAUCAUUAUUCCGCCACCGGAGAUCAAGGCCAAGAUCGAGCGGACAGCCGAGUUUGUCGCCAAAAAUGGUAUUGCAUUCGAGCACCGGAUCCGGGAAAAGGAAGGAUCCAACGCCCUCUUCUCCUUCCUCAAUAAUGACGACCAUUAUCAUCUAUACUACCAGUGGCGAUGUGACGAGUACGCCAGCGGACGAACACGCGAGACAGACGCUAAUACAGCUCAGCUCAAGCCCAAAGACACGUCUGAUCAUCUAAUAGAACCACCUGCCUUCGAGUUCCACACAGUGCUUCCACCAAUGUCGGCAGUGGAUCACGAGGUCAUCCACACCACUGCCCAACACACAGCCGAGUACGGGCCGUCGUUUUCUAUGCUGCUUGCGAAAAAUGAGGCUAGAAACCCCCAGUACGAGUUUCUCAAGCCCUCACACUCGCUGCACAAAUUUUACCAGCUGUUGGUGGAACAGUAUCUCAAGGUAGGUCAGGCAUUAGAUGCUGGUUUCUCGGCGCUUCCUGAAAGUACACGGACCAACAUUGAGGCUGCUGUCAAGGACAAGUUCUACGCUCUGGGUCUAGCCAAGAGGCGUGCCGAGUGGAUCUCCCACACUGAGCAGAAGAACCAAAGGGCCAUCGAAGAGGCAGAAAGAGAACGGAUUGCAUUUGCAGAAAUCGACUGGCAUGACUUUGUGGUUGCAGAAACCAUUGUAUUUUCCGACAAGGACAAGACUGGGGAGCUCCCAGCUCCCCUUACUCUUGCUCAGCUGCAGUUCUCUUCACUGGAGCAGCGAUCGCGAGGUCUGAAGCUGGAAUACGCUCCCAACAGUGACGACGACGACGAAGAAGAGAAUAAGGAGAUUGUCACCAAGGGUAAGAUGGAAGUCAAGGAGGACGCCAAGGAGGAGGCCAAGGAGGACGCCAAGGAGGGGAGUACAGAGGUGGUGGUCAAGGAGGAACCAAAAGUGUACUCUGCUCCUUCUAACAUGAAAAUUCGACCUGCUGGAACGUCCAAGCUCAAUAAACUCAAGAAUAGCUCUCCUGCUACAGUUGUUACUCCCUCUGGAGAGGUGGUUCCUGAGUCUUCGUAUGAUUCCCACAUGCGAGUGUACACUUUGGACCCCAAUUGGAAGGCUCAGAAGGACCUGGCGGACUCCCGUGCACAGUCUACUAACCUGGCCACCAGUGGAGUCACCCAUAACAUGAAGCGAAUGGCUGAGGCCAAGCAAGGAGACGGCGGACGGCCCACCAAGAAGCCUGUAGUUGCGUGGGAUGGACGUGCUGGAUCUAGUGCUGCAGCCCAGGAGGAGGCUAUGAGAAGGGCACCCAGCAAGGAGGAGCAGGCCAAGCAGAAGAAGGAGCGUCUGGCCAAGGAACGUGCCAUUGGACCUGGACGAUAA